AGGAUUCUAGUCGCUUACGGUUCUCCAAAAGUCCCCCGUGAACUAUCCAAAGGAACUCGUCGCGUGCGUUCCAUCAGUAGUUGAUUUUCAAAGAUUUAAGUCCGAUAAGUGCACAAAAGUGAAUACAAAAAACAGGAAAUCGAAGCAGCUUUAAAAAAGUACUUCUCUUAGCAAGAAAAAAUUACCGCAUAAACAAAAAGAAAUGGAUUCCGGAGCAGCCUCCGCCGCCAAGCGCGUACAGAUCGAGAAAGCGCACAAUUUUAUGCGCCAGUACCGCGAUCCCGAGUCGCGGGAGCUCAAGAAGCUGUCGGCCAAUCAGUUCAUGGAUGUCUGGGCCCACUACGACAAGGAUGGCAACGGCUACAUUGAGGGCACUGAGCUGGACGGCUUUCUCCGGGAGUUCGUGGCCAGUGCCAAUGUCACAGACAUCAGUCCAGAGGCCGUCACAGACACAAUGCUCGAGGAGCUGAAGUCCUGCUUCAUGGAGGCCUACGAUGAUAAUCAGGACGGUAAAAUCGAUAUCAGAGAGCUGGCUCAACUUUUGCCCAUGGAGGAGAAUUUCCUUUUGCUCUUCCGCUUCGAUAACCCACUGGAAUCGAGCGUGGAAUUCAUGAAGAUCUGGCGCGAGUACGACACCGACAACUCGGGCUACAUUGAGGCGGAUGAACUGAAGAACUUCCUCCGCGAUUUGCUCAAAGAGGCCAAAAAGAUCAAUGAUGUGUCCGAGGACAAGCUCAUUGAGUACACUGAUACUAUGCUGCAAGUCUUCGAUGCCAACAAGGACGGACGUUUGCAGUUGUCGGAAAUGGCCAAAUUGCUUCCGGUCAAAGAGAACUUCCUUUGCCGCCAGGUGUUUAAGGGUGCCACAAAGCUGACCAAAGACGAUAUAGAGAAGGUGUUCUCGCUCUACGAUCGCGACAACAGCGGCACCAUUGAAAAUGAGGAGCUCAAGGGCUUCCUCAAGGAUCUUUUGGAGCUGGUCAAGAAGGACGACUACGAUGCCCAGGAUCUGGCCGCCUUUGGGGAGACCAUCAUGCGGGGCGUGGGCCAUGACAAGCACGGCAAGAUCUCCCGCAAAGAGCUGACCAUGAUCCUCCUGACACUGGCCAAAAUAUCGCCCGACGACGAGGAGUAAAGGGAUUUUUAGCCGAUUCCAUAUUUGUCACCCAUUUUUGGUAAGCCCCAAAAUCUAGGCACCGAAGGCCACGAGGCAAUUGAUUACUUUAAACCUGCUGAAAAAUUAGCAGAAGAUAAACGAUUUUGGUAAAGAUGGAGGAUCUCCACAGCAAAUGAAAUGGAGAUGCUACCCAAAACAAAAAGCAAACAAACAAAAAAACAAAAACUAUUGGUAAAACUAUAUAUAACAUAAAUGUUUCAAGCUUAAAUAAAUGUUUAUCGUAUGUUAAGCUAUUGAGAGUAUAUAUGUAUGUAUUUCCUCCCGAAACUGAAAUACCAAAGAUAUAUUUACUUCAAGCCGAAAAUUUAUCCAAGCAACUCUGAAUCGAGACACUUAUUUUAAAGUAAAACAAAAGAAUUAAA